AUGUCAUUGCCAGUGUCGACGCCAUUUAGUAAUGUCACAGCACAGUCUGGAACCUUUUUCCAACCACCCACACAACCACAGGCCGGAGGUCAUCAUGCUGUACCGCCACAAAUGCUUCCUGAAAAUAUUUUAGAAGAAAAAGCACGGAAAUGGAAGCAAUUACAAUCGAAACGUUAUGCGGAAAAACGAAAAUUUGGCUUUGUCGAUUCGCAAAAGGAAGACAUGCCACCAGAGCAUGUUCGGAAAAUUAUCCGUGAUCAUGGUGACAUGACGUCACGGAAAUAUCGACAUGAUAAACGAGUUUAUUUGGGAGCUUUGAAAUAUAUGCCCCACGCAGUCUUGAAACUUCUUGAAAACAUGCCAAUGCCGUGGGAGCAAAUUCGUGAUGUUAAAGUGCUUUAUCAUAUAACGGGUGCAAUAACAUUUGUGAAUGAAAUUCCUCGUGUGAUUGAACCUGUAUAUAUGGCGCAGUGGGGUACAAUGUGGAUAAUGAUGAGGCGAGAAAAGAGGGACCGAAGACAUUUCAAGCGUAUGCGUUUUCCGCCAUUUGAUGAUGAAGAGCCACCGUUAGACUACGCAGAUAACAUCCUAGAUGUGGAACCUUUAGAGCCAAUUCAAAUGGAACUUGACCAGGAUGAAGAUAAAACUGUUGCCGAGUGGUUUUAUGACCACAAGCCAUUAUCUACAACUAGAUUUGUUAAUGGAACGACGUAUCGACGUUGGGCGUUCAGUAUACCUAUGAUGGCUACACUAUAUCGUCUCGCCAAUCAAUUGUUGACAGAUCUUGUGGAUGAUAACUACUUUUAUUUGUUUGAUUUGAAAUCCUUUUUCACGGCCAAAGCUUUAAAUGUCGCAAUUCCUGGUGGACCAAAAUUUGAACCGUUGGUUAAGGAUCUUAAUGCACUCGAUGAAGAUUGGAAUGAGUUCAACGACAUAAACAAAGUGAUUAUUAGAGCUCCCAUUCGUACCGAAUAUCGUAUUGCUUUUCCAUUUAUGUAUAAUAAUCUCAUAAACAGUUUGCCGGUGCAGGUAUCUUGGUAUCACACACCUUCCGUCGUUUUCAUCAAAACAGAGGAUCCAGAUUUGCCAGCAUUUUAUUACGAUCCUUUGAUUAAUCCAAUAGCGCAGCGCUCAGCGGAGAAGAGUAAGGAACUCUCUCCAAUCGAUGACGAAGACUUCACAUUACCGGAAGAAGUUGAAGCAAUCUUUAGUGAAACACCGCUUUAUACGGAAAAUACUGGCAAUGGAAUAGCUCUAAUGUGGGCUCCACGACCAUUCAACAUGCGUUCCGGCCGUACACGAAGAGCGAUAGAUGUACCACUUGUGAAGUCGUGGUACCGUGAACACUGUCCCUCCGGGAUGCCGGUGAAAGUUCGUGUUUCGUACCAGAAAUUGCUUAAAGUUUUUGUAUUAAAUGCCUUACGUCAUCGACCACCAAAACCUCAAAAACGACGUUAUCUGUUUCGGUCAUUUAAAUCAACGAAGUUCUUCCAAUCAACUACACUGGAUUGGGUCGAAGCUGGCUUGCAAGUAUUACGACAAGGCUAUAAUAUGCUUAAUUUAUUAAUUCAUCGCAAGAACCUGAAUUACCUUCAUUUGGAUUAUAAUUUCAACUUAAAGCCAGUGAAGACUUUAACAACUAAGGAGCGCAAAAAGUCUCGUUUUGGUAAUGCGUUCCAUUUGUGCCGUGAGAUUUUACGUCUUACAAAAUUAGUGGUUGAUGCUCAUGUCCAGUAUCGAUUAAAUAAUGUAGACGCUUAUCAGCUUGCCGAUGGCCUGCAGUACAUUUUUUCUCAUGUUGGCCAACUUACGGGCAUGUAUCGUUACAAAUACAAGUUAAUGAGACAAGUACGUAUGUGUAAGGACUUGAAGCACCUGAUUUAUUAUCGUUUCAAUACCGGACCUGUAGGUAAGGGACCGGGAUGUGGUGUGUGGGCACCAGGAUGGAGAGUAUGGCUUUUCUUCAUGCGUGGAAUUACGCCACUUCUGGAACGAUGGCUUGGAAAUCUUUUAUCGCGGCAGUUCGAAGGCCGUCACUCAAAGGGCGUAGCAAAGACUGUGACCAAGCAAAGAGUAGAAUCACACUUCGACCUCGAAUUAAGAGCUGCUGUAAUGCACGAUAUCCUUGAUAUGAUGCCAGAAGGAAUCAAGCAGAAUAAAGCACGAGUAAUUUUGCAGCAUCUAAGCGAAGCAUGGCGUUGUUGGAAGGCUAAUAUACCGUGGAAGGUCCCUGGGCUGCCAACGCCGGUUGAAAAUAUGAUUCUGCGUUAUGUGAAAGCAAAGGCUGAUUGGUGGACAAAUUCUGCUCACUAUAAUCGCGAACGCGUUCGCCGUGGUGCUACUGUUGAUAAAACUGUCUGCAAAAAAAAUCUUGGUCGCUUAACGCGUUUGUAUUUAAAAGCUGAACAGGAACGACAACAUAAUUACUUGAAGGAUGGACCGUAUAUUAGUGCUGAGGAAGCAGUAGCAGUUUAUACAACUACUGUACAUUGGCUUGAAUCAAGACGUUUUUCACCGAUCCCAUUUCCACCACUCUCAUACAAACACGACACAAAAUUGCUUAUUCUUGCAUUGGAACGAUUGAAGGAAGCAUACUCAGUAAAAAAUCGUCUAAAUCAAAGUCAAAGAGAGGAAUUAGCAUUAAUCGAGCAAGCAUAUGAUAAUCCUCAUGAGGCACUUUCACGUAUUAAACGACAUAUGCUGACACAGCGUGCAUUCAAGGAAGUAGGCAUUGAAUUUAUGGAUCUCUAUUCUCAUUUAGUGCCUGUAUAUGAUAUUGAACCAUUAGAAAAAGUCACGGAUGCUUAUUUGGAUCAGUAUUUAUGGUAUGAAGCAGAUAAGCGUCGGUUAUUUCCAAAUUGGAUUAAACCAAAAGUUUGGGACACUGUUGAAGGCGAAUGUGAUGUUAUGUUGGAAGCAAGACUAGAAAAAGUUUAUGAAAAAAUGGAUUUAACACUGCUGAAUAGAUUAUUAAGAUUGAUUGUUGACCACAAUAUUGCGGACUACAUGACAGCAAAAAAUAAUGUUUUAAUCAAUUACAAAGAUAUGAACCAUACCAAUUCGUUUGGUAUUAUUCGCGGUUUGCAGUUUGCAUCAUUUAUUGUGCAAUACUAUGGAUUGGUUUUAGACCUCUUAAUUCUUGGUCUUAGACGGGCAAGUGAAAUAGCUGGACCACCUCAGUGUCCAAAUGAAUUUCUCACUUAUCAAGACGUUGCAACAGAGAUUGUGCAUCCUAUUAGAUUGUACUGUCGAUAUAUCGAUAAAAUCUGGAUCUUCUUCAGAUUCUCGGCCGAUGAUGCAAGAGAUUUAAUCCAGCGCUAUUUGACGGAGCAUCCAGAUCCAAACAAUGAAAAUAUUGUUGGCUAUAAUAACAAGAAAUGUUGGCCACGAGACGCACGAAUGAGACUAAUGAAGCAUGACGUUAACUUAGGCCGUGCUGUUUUCUGGGAUAUCAAGAAUCGCUUGCCUCGAUCAGUUACCACAGUCGAGUGGGAGAAUUCAUUUGUAUCGGUGUACAGCAAGGAUAAUCCAAACUUGUUGUUUGACAUGUGCGGUUUUGAGUGCAGAAUAUUACCGAAGUGCCGCAUGGCAACUGAAGAACUGACACAUCGUGAUGGUGUUUGGAACUUGCAGAAUGAGGUGACAAAAGAACGUACGGCACAAUGUUUCCUGAAAGUUGAUGAGGAAUCCUUAUUGAAAUUCCAUAACCGUAUCCGACAGAUUCUUAUGUCUUCUGGAUCAACCACCUUUACAAAGAUUGUGAAUAAAUGGAAUACGGCGCUAAUUGGAUUGAUGACAUAUUUCAGGGAAGCUGUUGUUAAUACUCAAGAAUUACUAGAUUUGUUGGUGAAGUGUGAAAAUAAAAUCCAAACUCGUAUCAAGAUUGGUCUAAACUCCAAAAUGCCCGCCCGCUUCCCACCAGUGGUUUUUUACACACCAAAGGAAAUUGGAGGAUUAGGUAUGCUUUCAAUGGGGCAUGUGUUAAUUCCGCAGUCUGAUUUACGAUGGAUGAAACAAACCGAUCAAGGUGGGAUUACUCAUUUCCGAAGUGGCAUGACGCACGAUGAAGAUCAGCUUAUUCCGAACUUAUAUCGUUACAUUCAGCCUUGGGAAGCCGAAUUCAUCGAUUCACAGCGGGUAUGGGCAGAAUAUGCUUUGAAAAGGCAAGAAGCAAAUGCGCAGAAUCGUCGUUUAACUCUUGAAGAUUUGGAUGAUAGCUGGGAUCGUGGGAUUCCACGAAUAAAUACAUUGUUUCAAAAAGAUCGACAUACGUUGGCAUAUGACAAAGGGUGGCGAGUGAGGACGGAAUUCAAAACUUAUCAGAUUCUGAAACAAAAUCCAUUCUGGUGGACACAUCAACGGCAUGACGGCAAAUUAUGGAAUUUAAAUAAUUAUCGUACAGAUAUGAUUCAAGCUUUGGGUGGUGUUGAAGGUAUUCUUGAACACACGCUAUUUCGAGGUACAUAUUUCCCCACCUGGGAAGGUUUGUUUUGGGAGCGGGCAUCUGGUUUCGAGGAAUCGAUGAAGUUCAAGAAAUUGACAAAUGCCCAACGAUCUGGUUUGAAUCAAAUCCCGAAUCGUCGUUUCACGUUGUGGUGGUCGCCUACUAUUAAUCGAGCUAAUGUUUAUGUUGGUUUCCAAGUGCAACUUGAUCUUACUGGCAUCUUUAUGCAUGGCAAGAUUCCGACAUUAAAAAUAUCGCUUAUUCAAAUAUUUCGUGCUCACUUGUGGCAGAAGAUUCAUGAAUCGGUUGUUAUGGAUUUGUGCCAGGUAUUUGACCAAGAACUUGAUGCGCUCGAAAUUCAGACUGUACAAAAAGAAACAAUCCAUCCUCGAAAAUCUUACAAAAUGAACAGCUCAUGCGCUGAUAUUCUUCUUUUUGCGCAGUAUAAGUGGCAUGUAUCUCGACCAUCACUAUUGGCUGACACGAAAGAUGUAAUGGACAAUACGACUACUCAGAAGUAUUGGCUGGAUAUUCAAUUACGAUGGGGUGAUUAUGAUUCACAUGAUGUUGAACGUUAUGCGAGGGCGAAAUUCCUUGAUUAUACCACUGAUAAUAUGUCUAUUUAUCCAUCGCCAACUGGUGUUUUAAUUGCAAUCGACCUGGCAUAUAAUUUAUAUAGUGCAUAUGGAAAUUGGUUCCCUGGUAUGAAACCACUGAUUCGACAAGCCAUGGCUAAAAUCAUUAAAGCCAAUCCCGCUUUUUAUGUGUUGCGUGAACGUAUUCGUAAAGGUCUUCAGUUGUAUUCAUCUGAACCUACAGAACCGUACUUAACAUCACAAAAUUAUGGCGAAUUAUUCAGUAAUCAGAUCAUAUGGUUUGUAGAUGACACGAAUGUUUAUAGAGUUACGAUCCAUAAGACAUUUGAAGGGAAUUUAACAACAAAACCUAUUAAUGGUGCAAUUUUUAUUUUCAACCCACGAACUGGACAACUUUUUUUAAAAAUCAUCCAUACUAGUGUAUGGGCUGGACAGAAACGGUUAAGUCAGUUAGCUAAAUGGAAAACAGCUGAGGAAGUGGCAGCUCUGAUUCGUUCUUUACCAGUUGAAGAACAACCACGCCAGAUCAUCGUAACACGAAAAGCCAUGUUGGACCCUCUGGAAGUUCACUUGCUAGACUUUCCAAAUAUUGUUAUCAAGGGAUCAGAAUUGAUGUUACCAUUUCAGGCUAUUAUGAAGGUAGAAAAGUUCGGUGAUCUGAUUUUGAAAGCAACUGAACCACAGAUGGUCUUGUUCAACUUAUAUGAUGAUUGGCUAAAAACUAUUUCUAGCUACACAGCAUUUUCACGUGUUAUAUUGAUAAUGCGCGGUAUGCAUAUUAACCCUGACAAAACGAAAGUAAUUUUAAAACCAGACAAGACAACAGUAACGGAGCCUCAUCAUAUAUGGCCGUCUCUGAGUGAUGAAGAUUGGAUUAAGGUUGAAUUAGCCCUGAAAGAUAUGAUUUUGGCUGAUUAUGGUAAGAAAAAUAAUGUGAAUGUUGCAUCACUGACACAGAGUGAAGUGCGAGAUAUUAUUUUGGGUAUGGAAAUCAGUGCACCUUCAGCCCAGCGUCAACAAAUAGCUGAUAUUGAAAAGCAGACAAAGGAGCAAAGUCAGGUGACAGCUACCACAACUCGCACAGUCAACAAGCACGGUGAUGAAAUCAUAUCGGCAACGACAAGCAAUUAUGAAAGUCAAACAUUUGCUUCACGCACUGAAUGGCGGAUUCGUGCAAUCAGUGCAACAAAUUUGCAUUUGCGAACACAGCAUAUAUAUGUUAACUCGGAUGAUGUCAAAGAUACUGGCUAUACAUACAUUUUGCCGAAGAAUGUAUUGAAAAAGUUCAUUAUAAUAGCAGAUUUAAGAACCCAGGUUGCUGGUUAUCUGUAUGGAAUAUCACCACCUGAUAACCCACAAGUAAAAGAAAUUCGUUGCAUUGUACUACCACCACAGUGGGGUACUCAUCAGUUAGUGCACCUGCCUAAUCAGUUGCCCACUCAUGAAUUCAUCAAGGAUCUCGAACCACUUGGAUGGAUGCACACCCAACCAAAUGAACUACCUCAGCUGUCACCACAAGAUGUAACUUCCCAUGCAAAAAUUUUAUUAGAAAAUGAAAGUUGGGAUGGUGAAAAAACAGUUAUUAUUACCUGCAGUUUCACUCCGGGAUCGGUAUCUUUAACUGCGUACAAACUGACACCCAGUGGUUUUGAAUGGGCUCGAAAUAACACUGAUAAGCAGAGUAAUAACCCUAAAGGUUAUCUUCCGUCUCAUUAUGAAAAAGUCCAGAUGCUUCUGUCGGAUCGUUUUCUUGGCUAUUUUAUGGUACCGUCAUCCGGAAUAUGGAAUUAUAACUUCAUGGGUGUUCGACAUGAAGCAAAUAUGCGUUAUGAUUUGAUGUUAACAAAUCCCAAAGAAUUCUAUCAUGAAGACCACAGACCACUACAUUUUCAAAACUUUAAAGGAUUUGAUGAUCCAUUAGGUGUGGCUGCUGCUGACCGUGAAGACAUUUUUGCUUGA